AUGGAGUACUCGGCGCCGAUCGACAUGCGCGCCGCGGCCGAAGAAGCCGCCCUGCCGAGGAAGCGGGGGCGGGGCGCCGUCGCUCCGCCUCCGGGGCUGCCGAGGACAGCGGAGGAGGGACCAGCAUCCGGCCUGAAGAGGAUGCGCGGCACCGUGACUCUCUCGCUGGGGACGCCGGAGGAACCCGCGGUGCCGCCGUCGGUGGGCGGCGCCGCGGCCUUCUCGCUGGAGGCGGAGGAGGAGCCCGCGAUGCGCGGGGCCGCGCAGGCCCGCGGGAGGGCGGCGUCCGAGGGGGGGUGCCGCGCCAUCGCCGACAUGGCGGUCCGGCUCGGGGUCGCGCCCGGCGUGCGGGACCGGGCCCUGGAGGUGUACCGGGGGCUGGAGGAGGGCAAGGGCAAGGCGCACCACUACUACACCAAGGGCGCCGGGCGGAGCGGUGACGCGCUGUACGCGGCGUGCCUCUACGUGGCGUGCCGCAGCGCGGGCGCGCCGCGGACGUUCAAGGAGCUGGCCGCGGCGACGCGCGGCGGCGCGGCGUCCAGGAAGGACAUCGGCAAGCUCCUCACGUUCAUCAGGAAGCGGUUCGGGGACGACGCCGGCGGGGAGGCCAUGGCCAUCGGCGUGGUGCGCGCGGCCGACUACAUGGAGCGCUUCGGCUCGCUGCUCGGGAUGGGGGAGGAGGAGGUGCGCGUGGUGCAGGAGGCGGCGCGGAGGAUACAGGACCAGCUCGACGUGCGGCGCAACCCGGACUCCACCGCGGCCGCCAUCAUCUACAUGGCCAUGCAGCGGAGGCCCGGCGCCGGGAGGUCGAUCCGGGACGUGUCCACGGCCACCGGCGUCGCCGACAACACCAUCAAGCAGGCGUACAGGGAGCUGUACCCGCACGCCCAGCUGCUCUUCGGUUGA